GGCUUUGUAAAGCUGGCGCCGGCGGAGCAAUGGAAGCGAAGGCGUUUCUGCGGGCAUCGUGUCUUUGCCGUCUGCAGUCAGCCGCGGUGAGAGGCACACCUACUACUAGCAGUCUCUGGUUCCGCCGCCGCUUCGCCCCUUCGGCGCCCGGGGCUGUGGGGUGUCGUCCCGCUACGGGGCCUGGAGCCCUCAGCCCUUUCGACCGGCAGAUGAAGAGGAAGCAAAAGAAUUGGGCAGCCGGGCAGCUUCACGCGGAGCGCUGCGAAUACCUACGGGAAGAGGUCGGUGGUAGGAUGGCCGAUCGUGUGUUUGACAUAGCCAAGUCAUUUCCCCUUGCCUUGGACCUUGGGUGUGGGCGAAGCUACAUUGCUCAGCAUUUAAACAAGGAUGUUGUUGGAAGGCUUUUUCAAUCAGAUGUGGCUGAAAUUGCUCUGAAAAACACACUAGAUUCAGAAGUACCAAGAGUCAAUAUCAUAGCGGAUGAAGAAUUUCUCCCUUUCAAAGAAAACACAUUUAAUCUUGUUGUCAGCAGUCUGAGUUUGCAUUGGGUCAAUGAUCUUCCCAAAGCAUUGCAUGAAGUACACCGAGUCCUUAAACCCGAUGGAGUAUUUAUUGGUUCUAUGUUUGGGGGAGAUACACUCUUUGAACUUCGCUGCUCUUUGCAACUAGCAGAACUAGAAAGAGAAGGUGGAUUUUCUCCACAUGUGUCUCCUUUUACAGCAGUGAGUGACCUAGGACAUCUGCUGGGAAGAGCUGGCUUCAACACACUGACAGUGGAUUCAGAUGAAAUCCAAGUUAACUAUCCAGGAAUGUUUGAAAUUAUGGCUGAUCUACAAGGUAUGGGAGAAAGUAAUUGCUGUUGGAACAGGAAAUCUAUGAUACACAGAGCAACUAUGUUGGCAGCUGCAGCAGUGUAUAAAGAAUUGUAUGGAAAUAAUGAUGGGACAAUACCAGCGACAUUUCAGAUUUAUUACAUGAUAGGAUGGAAAUUCCACGAAUCACAGGCACAACCAGCCCAGAGAGGUUCUGCAACAGUGUCAUUUGGAGAUAUGAGAAAAAUAAAUGAAGUUAUUUCAGGCAAAAAAAAAACUUUGACAUGA